CACCCUGGUCUACCCCUUGGUCCUUGUUCUUCCUAUCCUACCAACAGCCCUCCCUCACCGAAAGGAUCUCUCAAAAUCACCAACCACUAACCAAUCACAAUUAACAUUAUUGUUAGUUAACAGAGAAGGAGAGGAGAAACUGAUGUGAUUAUACAGGUGCAAACACAAGAAACACUCUUGUUCUUGCCACAAGCGAAGUGAAGGUGCAAACCACGUGGUUCAGGGACGCAAACCGUGCAUAUUGUGGUGCGUAACGUCGUAGCAGAGUGAGUCCGGCAGGCUGCUGCAGACAAGACAAGGCGCGGGCGGUGAGCUCGAGAGCCGAGAGGAAGAAGAAAAGCACUAGUCUUUCCUUUGCUAACGAAACGACAGAGACCAAGACCGAGAAGGCAGCUACCUAGGCAGCAAUGGCGACCUCGGCCAGCGGCGUCUCACUCCUCCUCGCCCAGCCGCUCCCUCCCAACGGCACCAGCCUGCGGCGCGUCGGUGUCGCCGCGCGAGCUCCUGCUCCUGCUCCUGCUCGGCUCGCGGCCACGGCGGUCAGGUCUGCGCACCCGCUCGCCGCCAACGCCGACGCCAAGACGAGGACGCUCCGGUUCGUUAGCGUUAGCGUCAGGUGCGUCGGCGUCGGCGGCACCGAGGCGCUGCGCUCCGACGCCGCCGAGCCGCCGGUGCCGUCCUCGGUGCCGCGGUCCGUGCCGGUGCGCGUCGCCUACGAGCUGCAGCAGGCCGGACACCGCUACCUCGACGUCAGAACGGAGGGCGAGUUCAGUGCUGGCCACCCGGAAGGAGCUGUCAACAUCCCCUACAUGAACAAAACCGGCUCAGGAAUGACGAAAAACACGCACUUUCUUGAGCAAGUGUCGAGGAUCUUCGGAAAGGACGACGAGAUCAUCGUUGGCUGCCAGAGCGGCAAGAGGUCUCUGAUGGCGGCGACAGAACUCUGCUCUGCUGGUUUCACUGCUGUCACCGACAUCGCUGGUGGAUUCUCGACUUGGAGGGAGAAUGAGCUGCCUACCACCAUCCACUGAUCCGAGCUUGCCUCAGCAGCAUCAUGCAUGUUGUUGGAGCUAUUAGCCCAGUGUUGUGUGAAAGCCUCCAGGAUUGUACAUAUGUCUGAUGUCUUCCAUAGUUCGAAUAAAAGUGCUGGAAAAUGGAGCAUGUAGAGUAAAGAAGAGUAGCAGCACAAAAAAUAGGGGGUUUUACAUUAUGCUUCAUCUCAUGUAUAGUCGUACAUUAUCUACUCAGUACUCCCUGCAUUUGGAUGUUGCAUUUUUACCUUUUUUUUUAACGAACCGGCACUGGAUGUGCCAAUUUCUACAUUUUCACA